AUACGAGUUGGUCACAACGACUUGCCAGGUCUCGAAUCUUCAUUUAUUCAGUAUGGUGUUGACUUAGGAUUUUGGGGACACCAACAUUUCUACGAACGUUUCUAUCCUGUGGCAAAUAAGAAGUAUUGGGAUUCGCCCAACUGCUAUCACAACGCCGUCGCUCCCACCUAUAUCAUAACGGGUUCAGCGGGAUGUCACACUCCGAACACUCCCUUUGACAAGACACCUGUCCCCUUCAGUGCUAUGAGGUUAAAUCAGUAUGGUUACACGAUUCUGAACAUCAGCAAUGGCACUCACAUCCAUAUCGAACAGAUAUCUAUCGACAAACAAGAUGCUGUUGUAGACCAUUUUUGGUUGACCAAGGAUGCAGGAUUCGUUGCAACAGAGGAGAUGAGGUAUUGA